CAGCGCUCAACUGUGUUUGUUUGGUAGCUGUUUCUAUGACGACAUGAUGUGGCCAGGUUUAUGUUCUGUGAAGCUCCAUAGGGUGCUGCCUACCGGUCUGGGAAUAGGUGUGUAAAUGCCACAAGUCACUCUGGAGAUCUUGACUGCAUACUGAGGACGUGUUGAGAUAUUUGACUGAGUUACUCCCAUCAUCAAUAUUAGGAUGGAUGAGAUGAACAUAAACACUACAGAAUACAAUUACCAUAACCAAACCGGUUUCGAUUACACUGAUGAGGACUACGACGGCACAUAUUAUGACCUUGAUUAUAAUUUUGAAUGUCCUGGCAUAUGUAUUUCCAAAGUCUUAAAUUUGCUAAAUCGGAUCACCAUUGGCGUUGGACUCCUUUUAAUUCUUAUAGUGAUGAUUGCAGUUUUUUCACAGGUGAGAAAGGGUCAGGAUGCUCCAGUCUAUGUCAUCAACCUCCUCGUCUCUGAUAUCUUUCAGCUCUGCUCCAGAAUUCCAGCAAAUUUUAGUAGACUGAGUGAAGAUGAUCUCACAUACAUCCAUAUUGUAUAUUUUGGAAUCAUGGUCAGUGUUGGAUUCAUGGUGUGUAUCUUCUGUGAAAGGUAUCUGGUCAUUACCAAGCCUCUGUGGUACAGAUUCAAGAGAAGGAACAAGAGAUAUGUGGUGGUCUGCAUUGUGGUCUGGAUACUUCCACUUUUUUAUAUCAUACUUGGCAUUGGGUUAAUGCAGUCUAAGAUUGCUAUCAUCUUCUUCAUGAUUGUUCUCCUCCUGCCUUUUCCCUUCUUCAUCUUCUUCCUGGUUGGGACUAUCAGAGCUCUGUCUGCAGCGCUCGGUGUCCCAGCAGAUGAAAAACGACGAAUAGUAGCCAUUCAGGUUGCUGUGCUGAUUAUUUACACUCUGCUUUAUCUGCCCGUCAUCAUUUUGCUCUUAGGUGCAGCUGAAGUUUUCGAUAGCAAUAGCCACCUAAAUAGUAGCAUUAUAGUUCUCCAUUUCGUGGCUUUAGUUUGUGUUUUUCUUAGUCCUCUUGCAGACACAACUUUGUAUUUGUUCACUCGGAAAACCAUCCUGGAUAAGUUUCUGGCUUCAAUUUGUUCUUGUAAAAUAUCUAACAUUCUGGAGACGAUCAGCACAGGUCAUGGAAGCAGGUCUGCAACAACUACUGAGACUGUUUAGGUUUUAAUAUCUGUUAUGAUGCAAAAUAGCAUCCAGAGUUCAUUUGCUGGCACUGAAAAUUAUAUUUCGUGGUACGACCACCAUCGUUUGCCAUAUUAUAUGGGCAAAUAUAUAUAUUUUUACAUCUUUUAUUAGAUAAAUACUCACAAGAUCUACAGUUGUAGAAGUUGUUGUUAUAAUUUUGAGUUAUUUACCUCUGAACGUUUCCUUACACUUCAUGUUUUAUUUUCAUUUUCUCUCAUGUAAACAAAUUGUUCAUGUGUUCUUGUGCUUGCAUGUCAUAAUGAUUGUUAGUGAACUGAAGAUAAAGGCAUAAUUUGAAACAGAA